UUACUUAUGCAUUAUAUUUGUAUACUUCUGCAGUUCUGUAAACUUUUUGUCGUACAGUUACCAGCUGUACAAAAGCUGAACAUCAAUACUGACUGUCCAGGAAUCCCGCGCUCUUCUGUGACGCGCGCGAGCGUUCUGUGCACUCUCGAGCUCAACUCAUUCAUCACGUCACUGCCCACGAGCGACGCGCGCUCACACGGAUACGCUUCUGUCAGUGCUGAGGAUUUGUGCGGCUCUGUGGGAUUGGGCGCUGAUUAUAUUUCCUUUUUCUUUCUUUUUUUUUUUUUUUUUUAAACGGAAGCACUGGGUUCUUCUCAUUUUGCAGUUGUAGUUCCUUUCAGAGUAGAAUAGAAGCUGGUUUGGUGCACAGCAUUUCUUUUCAUCUCAGUAAAGUUACUAAAAGUGCAGUUCUGGGAGGUUUUAUUCGGCUCUGUUCGGUUGUAUUUGGUUCAGAAGGGAUGAUGAUGGGGACUUUACGCGACCUCCAAUACGCGCUUCAGGAGAAAAUUGAAGAACUGAGACAGAGAGACGCGCUCAUUGACGAACUGGAGCUCGAACUGGACCAGAAAGAUGAACUGAUUCAGAAACUGCAGAACGAACUGGAUAAGUACCGCUCCGUAAUUCGCCCGGCGACCCAACAGGUCCAAACCCGCUCGGAGCUGCAGGAGCAUCAGCGCACCAAACGACAGGCGAUCAGCGCCGAACCAGCCAACGUCCAGCAGCUGAGUCACGUGACCCUGCCCAACGUCCCCAAGAGUGCCAAGUCAAAGGAACUGAUCAAGUCAGCUAUCCUGGACAAUGACUUCAUGAAGAAUCUGGAGAUGUCUCAGAUCCAGGAGAUAGUGGAUUGUAUGUAUCCAGUGGACUAUGACAAAAACAGCUGUAUUAUUAAAGAAGGGGAUGUGGGCUCCCUCGUCUACGUCAUGGAAGAGGGAAAGGUUGAAGUGACUAAAGAAGGAUUGAAGCUGUGCACCAUGGGACCAGGAAAGGUGUUUGGAGAGCUCGCUAUCCUUUAUAACUGCACCAGGACGGCCACUGUGAGAACUGUGACCAGUGUGAAGUUAUGGGCCAUCGACAGACAGUGCUUCCAGACCAUCAUGAUGAGGACAGGACUCAUCAAACAUGCAGAGUACAUGGAGUUAUUGAAAAGUGUCCUGACAUUCCGGGGUCUUUCAGAAGAAAUAUUGAGCAAGCUGGCUGAUGUCCUCGAGGAGACACACUAUGAAGAUGGCGACUACAUCAUUCGCCAGGGGGCAAGAGGAGACACAUUCUUCAUUAUCAGUAAAGGAAAGGUGACAAUGACUCGGGAGGACUGUCCAGGUCAGGAGCCAGUCUACUUGCGUUCAAUGGGGAAAGGAGACUCGUUUGGGGAAAAAGCCCUACAAGGGGAGGACAUCAGAACAGCUAAUGUCAUCGCAGCAGAGACUGUCACCUGCCUUGUGAUUGACAGAGACUCAUACAAACACCUGAUUGGAGGCCUGGAAGACGUAUCCAACAAAGGCUGUGAAGAUGCAGAGGCAAAAGCAAAAUAUGAGGUGGAGAACGCCUUCUUCUCUAACCUAAACCUGUCUGACUUCAACAUCAUCGACACUCUUGGAGUUGGAGGAUUCGGACGCGUUGAACUGGUGCAGCUCAAGAGUGAUGAGGUGAAGACAUUUGCAAUGAAGAUCCUAAAGAAGCGCCACAUCGUGGACACGAGACAGCAGGAGCAUAUCCGAUCAGAGAAACUAAUUAUGCAGGAGGCGCAUUCAGAUUUUAUAGUCAGACUCUAUAGGACGUUUAAGGACAGUAAAUACCUCUAUAUGCUAAUGGAAGCGUGUUUAGGUGGAGAACUGUGGACUAUCCUCCGAGACAGAGGAAACUUUGACGAUUCAACCACACGGUUUUACACUGCGUGUGUGGUGGAGGCGUUCGCUUACCUGCAUUCCAAAGGCAUCAUAUACAGAGACCUCAAACCAGAGAACCUGAUACUAGACCACAGAGGCUACGCCAAACUGGUGGAUUUUGGCUUUGCUAAGAAGAUCGGCUUUGGGAAGAAGACCUGGACAUUCUGUGGUACUCCAGAGUAUGUGGCACCAGAGAUCAUCCUGAAUAAAGGACAUGACAUCUCCGCAGAUUACUGGUCCCUCGGCAUCCUCAUGUACGAGCUACUGACCGGCAGUCCUCCUUUUUCAGGACCAGAUCCAAUGAAAACAUACAACAUCAUUCUAAGAGGCAUUGACAUGAUAGAAUUCCCCAAAAAAAUUACCAAAAAUGCUGCCAAUCUAAUCAAAAAACUAUGCAGAGACACACCCUCUGAAAGAUUAGGAAACUUGAAAAACGGUGUCAAAGACAUCCAGAAGCACAAAUGGUUUGAAGGGUUUAACUGGGACGGAUUGAGGAAGGGGACACUGACGCCCCCCAUCAUCCCUAAUGUAACAUCAUCCACGGACACCAGUAACUUUGACAGCUUUCCAGAGGACAAUGAAGACCCACCGCCUGAUGAUAACUCAGGAUGGGAUACAGACUUCUAAACAGGCUUAAACACACAUGUGCACACAUACACAGACACACACGUCAGCCUGGGAUACACAUGCUGCACUACUAUAUGGACUGAAGGAGAAAUGUGGGAAGAAGCAGAGGGAGAAGAAGAAGAUGGAUUUUUGUCCAUCAUGAAAUGAAGUGACUGUCAAGACCGGGAGAAAAAAAUUAAUGUCUUGUGUGAGCGUGUCUGUGUGCGUGUUCACCUUUGACCCUUAAUAACCACCUUUACUGUGAGAUAACCGAGGAGACAGUCCAUUUAGGGAGAAGGCUGUGACCUCAGUGAUUUGUUCUUCUCCCUGAUUGGCUGUAAACUCUUCAUUCACCAAUCUGUGUGCAGACUACUCUAAAGAAGACCACGCUGUAUGUCGCAGGAGUCCAGACAGACCUGAAUGUUGCUCUUAAAGUAAUACUCAUUCGUUUUAGCACAUGUAAAUAAUAGCAUAUCACUACCCUGAAAAACUCACACGUACGCUGGCGUUCCCGACAUGUAUCGGUUUAACUCUCAUGUGUAUCAUAAUACGUCAAUCAUAAAGACUCGGUUUCAACCUCUUCAAACACACACAGACAUUAUAGAUACAUCUUCUCGCCUCUCUUUGCUGUUAAUUUAUUGUUGGUUAUGAUAUUCUGAACCCAGCACUGGUUUUCUCAAACUUUAUCCCAUGAAAUGAUGUGCCUCAAAUUCAUAGCUCCAUUGAUGGUGUACUGUAUUUGUCGUCUCAGAUUUAUAAUAAUGAUGAGGUAAGUACUGACCACUGUGAACGAACAGAUCUUAAAUAGGAACAGAGCGUCAAUAAAACAGGAACGGACCUGGGAUUGGUUUGGCCUUUAUGGCCAUUUCUUAAACCCAAUAUUCGAAUGCAGGUACAACAUACUCAUGAUUUCUCCAGAGAAUCAGCCAUGUCAGAUCACGAACAGUAUUAGUGCCUUAAAUCAAUGGCAUUCUGUGACGCUCCUCAUGCUGCAUGUCAGAAUACAAUCCCUUCAGCCUGCUGCUGUCCAUCUGUCUAGUUUUUUUUUUUUACACAAUAAAGCGACUGUUUUAGACACUCCCUGUAUCCUCACAUGAUCUUCAGCUGUCUUUAAUACGUCUCAAAUGUUUGUUCUGUGAACUUUAUUAUUUUGAUCCAAAUAUAGAAAUUCUGUCCUGUU